UUCGUCGUCUUUCUCCGCUGUAGGAACCGUCAAAACCCUAACCAGGACCGAGAGGGUGAUAUAAACCCUGUCAAGUUUUCUUCGUUCCAUGGCGACCACCUCCGCCUACGCCGCGUCUUCCUCCGUCGUUCGCAUUCUCUGCUCCAAUCCCGCCCGCGAUCCCCCUUCCGGCUUUAAGGGUUGCAGGGGUUUUAGCGGGAGUUUACGGUUCUCCUCGAAGAGGAGCACAGCGCCGCUCGCGAUGAUGUCACGGAGAUCGGACACGAGUCUGGGUGACGGGGAUAGGGAGAAGGACACGAGCACCUCGGCUGUGGCGGAGGGUUUUGCUGAUCGCUUGGAUGAUUUAUCUUCGGAGUCGGAAUUGGAGGAGAGGGAACCGAGCGUCGCCACGAUAUUGACUAGCUUUGGAAAUUCGUUUGAUCCCUAUGGAGCUAUGAGUACACCAUUGUACCAAACAUCCACAUUUAAGCAGCCUUCAGCAACUACUUAUGGCCCCUAUGACUAUACCAGAAGCGGUAAUCCUACUCGAGAUGUGCUGCAAAGUCUUAUGGCUAAGCUUGAGAAGGCUGAUCAGGCAUUUUGCUUCACUAGUGGCAUGGCUGCUCUUGCUACUGUUACACAUCUUGUUGAAGCUGGUCAAGAAAUCGUUGCUGGAGAUGACAUAUAUGGCGGCUCUGACCGGUUGCUAUCACGAGUGGUUCCAAAGAGUGGGGUUAUCGUGAAACGAGUUAACACAUCUGACAUCAAUGAGGUGGCAUCUGCAAUUGGCCCUUCGACAAAGCUUGUGUGGUUAGAGAGCCCAACAAAUCCUCGCCAACAGAUAACCGACAUACGAAAAAUCUCCGAGAUAGCUCAUUCCUUUGGUGCGUUAGUUAUGGUGGACAAUAGUAUCUUGUCUCCAGUGCUAUCUCAGCCAUUACAACUUGGAGCAGAUAUUGUGAUGCACUCAGCUACUAAAUUUAUCUCUGGUCAUAGUGAUCUUAUGGCAGGCAUCCUUGCUGUAAAGGGUGACAGCUUGGCCAAAGAGAUUGCAUUCCUCCAAAAUGCGGAAGGCUCUGGAUUGGCACCAUUUGAUUGUUGGCUUUGCUUGCGAGGUAUCAAGACCAUGGCUCUGCGUGUAGAGAAACAACAGGCUAAUGCACAGAAGCUUGCUGAAUUCCUAUCAUCCCACCCGAGGGUGAAGCAAGUGAACUAUGCCGGACUUCCUGGCCAUCCUGGGCGCUCGUUGCAUUAUUCUCAGGCAAAAGGUGCUGGUUCUGUACUUAGCUUCUUGACAGGAUCACUAGCUCUCUCAGAGCAUAUUGUGCAAAGCACCAAGUACUUCAGUGUAACUGUUAGUUUUGGGAGCGUGAAGUCCUUGAUAAGCUUGCCAUGCUUCAUGUCCCAUGCAAGUAUACCGGCUUCAGUUCGUGAGGCUAGGGGUCUGACCGAUGACCUUGUUCGUAUCUCUGUUGGCAUUGAGGACAUUGAGGAUCUUAUGGCAGAUUUAGACUAUGCCAUUAGAUCCGGGCCAGGUUAAAGUCGAUGCUGUUGUUCAUCCACUUGUGCUUUCUUGUGAAUCAAAUCCCUGCUUAGCUGUAAGUUGAAUGGGUAAAACUACUUCCAUUCCAUUCGGACAACCAGUAGUUGGUCCCCUUCUAGGAAAAGUUAUUUAUGAAUCUUUGGGAGGUAUUGACUAUAUGGAAAUAAGAUAGAGGGAGAGGAUGCAGAAACCUUGUAUCCUUGUUUGGCACAUUUUGAUGCUGCUGUUGAUGGAUUUUGAUUGGUAUGUGAUGCAUAAUUUAUCAC